AUGAUUAUGAUGAUUAUGAUCGCGAUUGUGAUUGUGCUUAUGAUCAUGAUUAUGAUUACGACUAUGAUGAUUACGAUUACGAUGAUUAUGAUUAUGAUGAUUAUGAAUAUGAUUGUGAUGAACAUGAUUACGAUUAUGAUGAUUAUGAUUAUGAUGAUGAUUAUGAUGAUGGUGAUGAUGAUGAUGAUUGUGAUUACGAUGAUCAUGAUUAUGACUGUGAUUGAUUAUGGUUAUGAUUAUGACGAUUAUGGUCAUGACUAUGAUUGUGAUUAUGAUCAUGAUGAUUAUGAUUAUGAUGAUGAAGAUGGCGAUUACGAUGAUUAUGAUUAUGAUGACUACGAUUAUGACGACUAUGAUUAUGAUGAUUACGAUCAUGAUGAUUAUGAUUAUGACGAUUAUGACUAUGAUUAUGACGAUUAUGAUUCUGAUGAUUACGAUAAUGACGAUUAUGAAUAUGAUGGUUGUGAUGAUCACGAUUAUGAUUAUGAUGAUUAUGAUCAUGAUUAUGAUGAUUGUGAUUAUGAUGAUUAUGAUGAUGAUUAUGGUUAUGAUUGUGACUAUGAUCAUGAUUAUGAUUACGAUUAUGAUGAUUAUGAUCGCGAUUGUGACUAUGGUGAUUAUGAUUAUGAUGAGGAUUAUGAUGAUUAUGAUUACGAUGAUUAUGAUUAUGAUGAUUAUGAUUAUGACUAUGGUUAUGAUGAUUAUGAUUAUGAUGAUUAUGACUAUGAUGAUUACGAUUAUGAUUAUUAUGAUGAUGAUUACGAUUACGAUCAUGAUGAUUAUGAUGAUUACGAUGAUGAUGGAUGA